AUGUCGGUGACGAGUGAAGAGGCGCGCCCGAUUUUCUGCGCCGAGCCCGAAAUCUGGCACACUAAAAUUGGUCCGUGCGUCGACGGUCCAUGCGGCAGACAAAGGCGCCGGGAUGCGGGGAUGGCACAAUCACACGCUCGAACAACUGUCGCCACAACGACGACUCGGUUUUGGCGCCAAUCACAGAUUCUAUCACCGACUCGGAGGAGGCACGUCGAAGUCACCCUGCGAAUCGAUUGUUCCUGUACCCGUUUCCUGUGUCUUAAGGGCAAUCGUCAACCGAGUCCGACAUCUUUGCCAGUUUCAAAGUCGAGCUCUGCCCACUUGUACUCCAUUUCCCCUCUACCAAGGAUCUCAGUCGCUCAGCCAUCUCCUGGUUCCCCUCAGUCCUUUCCGCAGGAAAAUGGAAAGGUUAUUCCCACGAGAAUAGCUGAUUCUCACUUCCGAGACAGUGCAUGCGUGCCAUGGGGCUCCUGCCCUAAGGCAUAUGAGCUAUGGAUUCAUGUUUUAACGGGAGGCGGAGAACCAUCAUGCGUUACGGUACGGCGAACAGUGCUGAUCAAUGAUGGAGAGGGAACUUUCCACAGCUCAUAUGCUGCGCUAUCGGAACGGGGUCUGGAAAAUAUUACGAGGUUUCCAGUGAUUGCUAGAUCGAAAGCAAACCUCCCAUUCGAAAUUAUGAAUUCGCUCAGGUUGCCGCAGAGGAUUGACGACAGAUCGCUGUUUGGAACUGUCAAAACGGUUCUGUAUCAACCACCAUUUCGUCGAGAAGCAACCAAAGACUAUACCUCUGUUUCCUGCGACCAGCAGCGGCGGCAUAAUAUCGACCGUCAUGCAUCGCGGUCGAGUUCAAGAGAACGAACAUCUUGA